GUACAUAAAGACCUCAACUUCUUUGAGAUUGUUUGUUGGUUUCACAUCAAAUUCUCAAGGACUCUGGCAGCAACCAGAUCAACAAAGAGCGACUUUCUCUACAGAGCGACCCAUGCUCAGACAGUAUGACACAACAUCGAGGACAAAACACAGGACAAGAUAUAAACAAUAAGCUCCUCCUUCACAACAGCAACAACUCAGCACAUCUUCUCAACAUCUUCACCACUCCUCAAAAUCAUUAUUACUUGAGCAUUCGCAAACUUCAAAACUCCACAAUGGCAUCAAAAAACGUCGAUCAAAAAUCCGACUUUUCCACCUCCAUCUUAAGAUUGAAGCACCUGAUCCUAUCAGACGACGACGAUCGAGCAACCAUAGCCCACUUCCAAGCAUAUCGCCGCUUAGGAGGUCAUCCCACCAAAGAAAUGUACGAAAAAUACCUUGCAGCGAUAGAAAAUCAACAAGCAGAAUGCAGCAUCAGCAUCAACCGACCCCAUGAGCAAAACAACAACAUCAACAGUGUGUUCAUCACCGCUCAGGCAGAAGGCGCCACCAGUCAUGGUCCUAUCCAUAUCACCAGCCAUCCUGGAAAAGAUACCACCGAUCAGUGUACCGAGCCUCCAGCUUCGUCAAAUAUCGUGUGGGACAUUGGAUGUAAGGCGAAGGAUGCCGUUGUGUUUGUCGCUUCAGGAGUUGCUAAGCUGUUUUGGUUGACCAAGUGAGCCAGUUGGAGUUGACAUAGAGCCGGGUACUGGAUUGUUGGUAGGAGUGGAGAGGGUGACCUGCUGGCGGGUUGCGAUAGAUUUCGUUGUUUCCAAUAGAUCGAAGUCCUGCUGAUUUGCGUGAAAUAUUCUUCUUG